AUGGUUUUGGAAAUGCUGAACCCAAUGCAGUACAACAUCACCAGCAUGGUGCCCGACGCUGUGCCUGUCGCUGCCAUGCCAAUCCUGCUGCUCACUGGGGUUCUUCUUUUGGUUUGGAAUCAUGAGGACACCUCCUCAAUCCCAGGUCCUGGCUACUGUAUGGGAAUUGGGCCCCUCAUUUCCCACUUCAGGUUCCUGUGGAUGGGGAUCGGCAGUGCCUGCAACUACUACAACAAGAUGUAUGGAGAGUUCGUGAGAGUCUGGAUUUCUGGAGAGGAAACACUUAUUAUCAGCAAGUCCUCAAGUAUGGUUCACAUAAUGAAGCACAGUCACUACAUCUCCCGAUUCGGCAGCAAACUUGGGUUGCAGUGCAUCGGCAUGCAUGAGAAUGGCAUCAUCUUUAACAACAACACAGAUGUCUGGAAAGUAGUUCGACCUUUCUUUACAAAAGCUCUGUCUGGCCCUAGCCUGGUGCGCAUGGUGACGGUCUGUGCUGAAUCUGUCGUAAAGCAUCUGGACAGGUUGGAGGAGGUCAGAAGUGAGUCGGGCAGCCUCAACGUGCUGCACCUCAUGCGCUGCAUCAUCCUGGACACCUCCAACACGCUCUUCCUGAGGAUCCCCUUGGACGAAAAUGCCAUCAUAUUUAAAAUACAGGGUUAUUUUGAUGCAUGGCAAUCUCUCCUUCUCAAACCAGACAUCUUCUUUAAGAUUUCUUGGCUCUACAAAAAGUAUGAAAAGUCUGCCAAGGAUUUGAAAGAUGCCAUGGAUAUUCUGAUAGAGGAAAAAAGACAUAGGAUUUCCACAGCAGACAAACUCGAAGACUGUCUGGAUUUUGCCACUGAGUUGAUUUUUGCUGAGAAACGUGGUGACCUGACAAAAGAGAAUGUGAACCAGUGCAUAUUGGAAAUGAUGAUUGCAGCACCAGACACCCUGUCUGUCACCAUGUUCUUCAUGCUGUUCCUCAUUGCAAAGCACCCUAACAUUGAAGAGGCAAUGAUGAAGGAGAUUCAGACUGUUGUUGGUGAAAGAGACAUAAGGAUUGAUGAUAUACAAAAAUUAAAACUGGUGGAAAACUUUAUUAAUGAGACCAUGCGGUACCAGCCUGUUGUGAACUUAGUCAUGCGCAAAGCCUUACAGGAUGAUGUCAUCGAUGGUUACCCAGUGAAAAAGGGGACUAACAUCAUCCUGAAUAUUGAAAGAAUGCACAGACUUGAAUUUUUCCCCAAGCCUAAUGAAUUUACUCUUGAAAACUUCGCCAAGAAUGUUCCUUACAGGUAUUUUCAGCCAUUUGGUUUUGGGCCUCGUAGCUGUGUGGGAAAAUACAUCGCCAUGGUAAUGAUGAAAGUCAUCCUGGUGACACUUCUGAGACGAUUCCGCGUGCAGAUAUUGCAAGGUCAAGGAGUGUCUAUUGAAAAGAUGCAUGUGAAAAAAAACUUAGCCGUGCACCCAGAUGAGAUGUGCGAUCUCCUAAGUAUGACUUUUGUCCCAAGAAAAUCAGACAAGUGCCACGGAUGCUGA